AUGCAGAGUGUGAGCCGCUCCAGCUCCAGCUGCAGCCCUCGCUGUGGUGCCGCAGGCGAGUUCCCGUGCGACGAGCUGGUGCCGCCGCGCGCGCAGGACGGCCGCCGCGGGCCCAAGAGGCCGCGCACCAUCCUCACCACGCAGCAGCGGAGGGCCUUCAAGGCGAGCUUCGAGGUCAGCCCCAAGCCGUGCCGCAAGGUGCGCGAGGCGCUCGCCAAGGAGACGGGCCUCAGCGUGCGCAUCGUGCAGGUGUGGUUCCAAAACCAAAGAGCGAAGAUGAAGAAGAUCCAGAAGAAAGCGCGCCAGGAGGGAAAGCCCGGGUCUGGGAAGGAGGAGGACCUGCUGGACGACAAGACCAAGGCCCGCAUCAAGGAGGAAGAGCACAGCCCGUCGGGGGCGGGCUCGUUCCUGAAUGCUGACAGCUGCGGCAGCGACACGGAGGCGGCGGGGGCGGCGGCGGGGGCGGCGGGCGGCCCGCACGACCACCACUUCCUGCCCAUCAAGCAGGAGGUGCUCGACGACGACUUCUACAAGCACCACUCGCACCAGCACCAGCCGCCGCCGCCGCACACCUUCCCGCAGGGUGGUCAAGUCGAUGUGACAGGACAGCCGCUGGAGACAACGCGCCCCUUUUACGACAGUGCUCGGGAGGUACCCCAGACGUGCGAGUGUGACGCCGGUGGAGCAGAGCAGAGGACAGCGGCGGGGAUACGGGGAGACGGCCGGCCCGGCUCGGCGCAGCCUCCCUCGGUGCGGACUCAGCCCUACCUGUCGCUGGGCUUCGCCGGCUACGGGGCGCCGCACCCGCAGAGCCACCAGCCGCACGUCCACCCCCCGGCGCAGCCGCUCUUCCUGCCGCCGCAGGGCCUCAACCCCAUCGACAGGCUGUACUCGAUGCACACGUCCUACUUCUGCGGCGAGGAGGCCGCCAUGGCCGAGCAGUAG